AUGUCGCUCCUUGACAGGAUUGAUGCACUGCCCGCUGAGAUGAUCCACAACAUCUUCAAGCACUAUUGGGACCUUUCUUCCGAAGUGACGAUGUAUCAGCUCGAUAUGAUGCCACGAGACACUUUCUCUGUAUCCUACAACAGAGAGUCUCUCGAUCUGGGCCGUAGGGCGGAUCCUGCAUCUCCCUACAACAAGCGGAUUGCUCUAAAUCCAAAACGCACACGCCAAAACACAAGAACGCAUCCAAUGUUGAGCCGCAUGGUCGUCAGCUUUGCCAGCAUCGACCAGAUUAUUGCUUUUGAGCGCAAUCCUUCCCUUGUUAAGCAGUUUCCCAUGAGCGCUUUGACGUACACACUGCUCCUGCCAAACCACCCCAAUAUUCGCAUGCAUUCACUCUUGGCACUUCUCAAACGCAAUCCGGCUAGAGAGAGUGAUGAUAUCGCGGCGCUCUCUCGUGCCCUUGACACUACCAGUAUCGAUUUCGCCACAAAGCAACCAUCGCGACUGCCCGUACCCAACCGUCUUAAUGAGCAAAGCCUACACUUUGAAACAGCUACAGACCUGAACAACUUCCUCUACGCAGACAUGUCUCGUGUCUUGCAGAUGGAGUCGUUCUCGUUCGGUUGCACUCCAUCGGAUCAGUGCGCGCUAGAUGUCCUGAAGUUUCUCUUCUGGAGCAUGCAAACCCAUGAGUCCUGUAUCUGCGGCGCAAAAGAGGUCUACCUAAUCGCCCACACCAAGCAAUAUUCUACAGGUGUCACCGAUGUCGACAGCCAAACAGGUCCCUUGCUGGGGGUCGUCAUUCGCUUGACCGAACACCCAAUAAACAAUCCACUUCCUCUUCUCGUUUCUCGUUACCCUGUCCGUCGCGCACUAUUUGCGCUCGAGGAGCUCAGUCUUGAUGCCUCAGAAGCCAUGUCGAACCAGGAUAUGGUGGAUCUUGGCCAAGUCCAAAGCCUUCGGCCUAAGGUCCACUGGCCACCAAAGUACAUCUCGUACAAUGCCCAGGAUCAAAAACGUCUCAAGAGCUACUUGAACAAAUUGACCAGAAUCGCUGGCACACGCCUAAUCUGGGAAUACACAGGCAGUAGCAGAAUGGCUGCUCAAUAG